CACCGCCUCAACCCUGUGUGGGAUGUUGGGUUUCUUCAUGAGACAUUGUUGAGAAGUCUCAGUGGUUGGAGAGGCGUAGGGGGGUGGACUCCCUCUACCUCUACUCCCUCCCUCCCCCCUUUUUUCUCUCUGGGAGGAGGAGGAGGAGGGGAAGGGGGGGUUGCAGAACAAGCGAUGGAUGAGGAAGACAUGACGAAAAGCGAGGAACAGCAGCCUCUGAGUUUGCAAAAAGCCUUACAGCAGUGUGAGCUGGUCCAGAACAUGAUUGAGUUGAGCAUCUCUAAUCUGGAAGGGCUUAGGACCAAGUGUGCUACUUCCAACGACCUCACACAGAAAGAGAUCAGGACCCUGGAGAGCAAGCUGGUGAAGUACUUCAGCCGGCAGCUGUCCUGCAAGAAGAAGGUGGCCCUGCAGGAGCGCAACGCUGAGCUGGACGGCUUCCCCCAGCUCAGGCACUGGUUCCGGAUCGUGGACGUGCGCAAGGAAGUCCUGGAGGAAAUCUCCCCUGACCAGCUGAGCCUGGAGGACCUUCUGGAGAUGACAGACGAGCAGGUGUGUGAGACGGUGGAGAAGUAUGGAGCCAACCAGGAGGAGUGUGCUCGCCUCAAUGCCUCCUUGACUUGCCUCAGGAACGUGCAUAUGUCAGGAGGAAACCUCUCCAAACAAGACUGGACCAUUCAGUGGCCCACCACAGAGACGGGGAAGGAGAACAACCCUGCAUGUCCCCUGGAAACCAGCCCACGGAUCCGUACCCACCUCUCCCAGAGCCCCAGGGUCCAGUCCAAGUGUGCCCAGCACUUCUGCCACACUAGCUCUACACCUGGGGCCCCUGUGUAUACCCACGUGGACAGACUCACUGUGGAUGCCUACCCGGGCUUGUGCCCACCACCACCCCUGGAGUCCGGGCAUCGGUCCCUGCCGCCAUCACCCCGGCAGCGGCAUACAGUUCGCACCCCACCUCGUACCCCAAAUAUUGUCACCACCGUGACUCCACCCGGCACACCACCCAUGAGGAGGAAGAACAAGCUGAAACCCCCAGGGACACCACCGCCUUCCUCCCGGAAGCUCAUCCACCUGAUCCCAGGAUUCACGGCGCUACACCGGAGCAAAUCCCACGAAUUCCAGCUUGGGAACCGAGUGGACGAGGCCCACACACCCAAAGCCAAGAAGAAGAGCAAACCCCUGAACCUCAAGAUCCACAGUGGCGUGGGCAGCUGUGAGAACAUUCCAGCCCAGCAGUGCUCCCCACUCCUGUCUGAGCGCUCCCUGCGCUCCUUCUUUGUGGGCCAUGCGCCCUUUCUGCCCUCCACUCCACCUGUCCACACGGAGGCCAACUUCUCUGCCAACACACUCUCAGUGCCACGCUGGUCCCCGCAGAUCCCACGUAGAGACCUGGGCAACUCCAUCAAGCACAGGUUUUCUACCAAGUACUGGAUGUCUCAGACCUGUACAGUCUGUGGGAAAGGAAUGCUUUUCGGCCUCAAGUGUAAAAACUGCAAGUUAAAGUGCCACAACAAAUGCACCAAAGAAGCCCCACCCUGUCACCUCCUGAUCAUCCAUCGAGGAGACCCAGCAAGGUUGGUGCGGACGGAGUCAGUCCCCUGUGACAUCAACAACCCUGUCCGGAAGCCAGCCCGGUAUUCGGAUCUGCACAUCAGCCAGACACUCCCCAAAACCAACAAAAUCAACAAGGACCACAUCCCUGUCCCUUACCAGCCAGACUCCAGCAGCAACCCUUCAUCCACAACCUCCUCCACGCCCUCCUCGCCGGCACCCCCCCUCCCUCCCAGUGCCACGCCACCCUCUCCCCUGCACCCAUCGCCACAGUGCACAAGGCAACAGAAGAAUUUCAACCUGCCAGCAUCCCACUACUACAAAUACAAGCAACAGUUCAUCUUCCCAGAUGUGGUUCCUGUACCAGAGACACCGACCCGGGCACCCCAGGUCAUUCUGCACCCAGUCACCUCAAAUACAAUCUUGGAAGGAAAUCCAUUACUUCAAAUUGAAGUGGAGCCGACCUCAGAGAAUGAAGAGAGUCAUGAGGAGGCUGAGGAGUCUGAGGAUGACUUUGAGGAGAUGAACCUGUCCCUCCUCUCAGCCCGGAGCUUCCCACGCAAGGCCAGCCAGACCAGCAUCUUCCUUCAGGAAUGGGACAUCCCUUUUGAGCAGCUGGAGAUUGGUGAACUCAUUGGGAAGGGUCGUUUUGGACAGGUGUACCAUGGGCGCUGGCAUGGCGAGGUGGCCAUCCGGCUGAUUGACAUCGAGAGAGACAAUGAGGACCAGCUCAAGGCCUUCAAGCGGGAAGUGAUGGCCUACCGACAGACGCGGCAUGAGAACGUGGUGCUCUUCAUGGGCGCCUGCAUGAGCCCGCCCCACCUGGCCAUCAUCACCAGCCUCUGCAAGGGGAGGACACUCUACUCUGUGGUAAGGGAUGCCAAGAUUGUCCUGGAUGUCAACAAAACCAGGCAGAUAGCCCAAGAAAUUGUGAAGGGCAUGGGCUACCUCCACGCCAAGGGGAUCCUUCACAAGGACCUCAAAUCAAAGAAUGUCUUCUAUGACAACGGCAAAGUGGUCAUCACAGACUUUGGGCUCUUCAGCAUUUCCGGGGUGCUACAGGCUGGCAGGCGGGAGGACAAACUGCGUAUCCAGAAUGGCUGGUUGUGUCACCUGGCUCCUGAGAUCAUCCGCCAGCUGUCCCCCGACACAGAGGAGGACAAACUUCCCUUCUCCAAGCACUCAGACGUCUUUGCACUUGGCACCAUCUGGUAUGAACUCCACGCCAGGGAGUGGCCUUUCAAGACCCAACCAGCAGAAGCAAUAAUUUGGCAAAUGGGAGCAGGCAUGAAACCUAACCUCAGCCAGAUUGGAAUGGGAAAAGAAAUCUCGGACAUACUGCUCUUCUGCUGGGCUUUCGAGCAGGAGGAACGGCCCACCUUCUCCAAGCUCAUGGACAUGCUAGAGAAACUGCCAAAGCGAAACCGCCGCCUGUCGCACCCUGGACAUUUCUGGAAGUCUGCAGAGCUGUGACCAUGGACAUGGGCCAGUGAGGCACUCAGCUCCUAAACACCUCUCCCUCCCUGCUCCGCCCUCUGCCAGCUCAGGAGGCCCCAGGCUCACCUCCAGAGGGUCCCAACCCAGCUAGUUUGGGAGCCCCAUGUGACAGCACUGGCGGGGGCUGCCUGCACCUCAGGCUUGUGCCCCUUUUUGGGCAGGAUGGGGACCCCUGAGCUAGUACCAAACUGGACCAGCCAAGGUUCAGGGGAUGCUGUGGAGUAGAGAAGAAGAGACCCGCAUUGCAGACUGAACGCAGAGACCCUGGCCUGUGAAGACCAGGACACUCAGCCCCAUGGGCAGACUCUCUCAUCGGACUGGUGUGUGUGUGUGUGUGUGUGUGUGUGUGUGUGUGUGUCUACACGUGUACAGGGCCACUUGCUCUCUUUCCAGGACAAACCUGCUCUAGCUGUGCAGCGUCCUCAGCUGCUUUUGUCUCUGUGUGGUCAUCUGAGCUGUGCUACCCAGGAAGGUAGGACAGAGAUGCAGAGUAGCACACAUGCUCCAUCAAGUUUCCCAGGCCCAGGUCAGGGUGGGGAGGAAGUUUGGCUAAGCUUGCAAGCAUCUGUUUUCAGAGGCCCCAUCCCAAGCCCAAUGUGUCUUGUGGCACCUGGGCACAGACCCAAAGGACAGCUAGACAAUCCUAUGUGUCUUUUCAGCAUGGGGCCUCUCUGGGGACAAGUCCUUUGGUUUGGCUUUUGUCCCCUGUUUUGUGAGACUGUCAUCCUGGCUCACUCACUGCCCUAUGCUCCCAUGGACAAUUGGAAGGCACAGUGGCUUCCCAAUCUGGGGGACUUCUAGGGGCUCCUAGAACACCCCUGAAGUCAGAUCCCUGAGAACUGGGACUGUGACUCAAAUUCUAGUACAUUCCUUUUCUGCCUUCUUUGGUACUUAAACUGCUGGAGUUGGUUUUCCCGUGGGGAUGAAUGCGAGGUGUGUAUGUUAAACUACAUGGAUGUGUGCAUUCAUGCUCACAGAAGGUCUCAGCCUCCCUGUCUCUCACCCUUGUUGGGAGGUGAUGAGGGAGUGUGUCUGUAAAGGUUUCACAUUCUCUGCUCUGGCCUGGUGCUGGGUCCCGAGUGGCCUCCCCAUAGGAGCCUGUGUCCAUCCAUGUACCCCCAUCUGCUUAUUCAGCACCCCAUCUUCUGUCCCUUCACUCUCUGAGCUAGAAGUUUCUCUGGUCUAUAUUGGGUUCCCCCAGUGUUCUGGCUGAGGGAUGCUGGGAGCAGGUGCUAGAGUAAAUGGUGGGGAACAUCUUGGGUUCACUGGUCCAUGUUCCCAAAGCCCUGUCCCCGAUAAUCAGACCAGGCAGAAGAGGGAAAGCCAUCCAUACGUGAAGCACAGAAGCAGUGGGGCAGGAUGUUUGGGGUUGGCCACAGGCCCUCUCUCUGGACACUUGCUGCCCAGCCUCAGGGGUCCCAAAGCUGCUUCUUCAACCCAGGUAUCUCCCUGACAGCCAGAGAAACCAAGACUUCAAGUCCCACCCCCUGAGCUGACACCCAAAUCCCAACCAAGCACACAGGGACAGGGACAGCUCCACUUUUGGAUGACCCCAGUUGGAUCCACGUCCUUGGGCCAAGCUUGCUUCCAUGGUGGGAAGAUUGAGAGAGAGGUUUCUAGAGAAUCCCACCCCAGGACCACUCAAAUGGACCCCCAAGGCCUUCUCGAAUCCCCUGUGCAAAGCUCCCAUUAUCUGGACCAGGGGUACUCAAGGGCCUUCACAGAUUGUUCCCACGUGGGCCUUCCUCUCCUCGGGGACAUCUGUGUCUCCCUGACUCCACAUUCAUGAAUCUUGCAUGUGUCCCAGAGCUCUGGUGUUGCUGGAAGCCAUUCCUGUCAACAAAUGGUUCCCAUGCAGCAAGCCCCACAGUGGACCCGUCCUGUGGCUGGGCAUGGACCUGCCCGAACAAACUGCUAACGCCUAGAAUCUAGUGCCUCGUUUGUCUUUAAUCUCACCAGGAUCUCUUUGGUCCAUGGAAUUCUGUCUUUGUCAUGCACCUUUGCAGCAGGAGUAGGAGGACAGGGGAGGGACAGGGAGUACUGAGCCACUAGGAGCUGAAAUGCCCCAAAGCACUGGAACCUGCUUCUCCCACUUCAGUAUAGCUGACUGUCAACAGAGAGGGAGUUCGCCACAGUUCCAAGGACUAUUUGGGAUGAAAGACAUGGGUGAUCCAGGGAGAACCCAGCCUUCCCUGGCCCUCAGUGCUUCUCCACUUAGGAGACCAGGGUCCCUUGGGUCUAGUCCUUGGUCCCAUGUCAUCUCCCCACACUUGCUUUGUCCCCUACCUCCCCACUCAUCAAGAUCUCUUCCACCCCUUGGGCUGGGCUUCAGGCUUCAUAUCUCCUGGACUUCUCAUCACACCUCCGGCUAACUGGCCCUUGCUUGCUAGUGGCCCCUUUAAUGUGCAGACAUUUGCAUCUAAGGAGAACCAAGCUAUCCCUUCCUUCCCCUGGUGGCCUCAGUCUUCCCUGGGAAUGACUGAGACUGUGGGUUUCCAAGGCCUGCAGCCUCUCAUCUCCAGGUUUCAUUCCCAUAGUGAUCCAACCUCGAGUCCCCAAACAGUCCCUUUCUGUCCUCCAGCCCUGCCAGUCCUCAUUUUCACCCAUCUACCCCUUGGUGUCUGAUCUUGUUCCAAGUGUGACCCUGCUUAAGCCAAGCCCCCCACCCACGUCCCCCAUGAUAGCUUCUGAGAGCUACUAUGACAACCUAGCACAUACCAAGUGGCUUUCCACAAUGGAAAUAUGUACUCUCAAUCAUUCUGGUGGUCCAAAGCCCAAAGCAAACUGCCCACGUGACCUGCCCCCUUCUGAACCCUGUUAGAGAGUCUUUCCUUGUGGUGGUUUUCUGGCAAAGUCCAGCAUUCCUUGGUUUGUGGCAGCAUCUCUGUAAUCUCUGCCUUUGCCCCCCCCCACACACCACACACACUGGUCUCUCUGUGUCUCCAUUUUUGUUUGGCUUUUUUUGAGGACCCAGUCCUGUUGGAACAGGACCUCACUGACUAGUCACUGCUACUGUGACAGUGACCACAUGACCAACAGAAACAGUGAAAAAGAGGAAUUACUUAUUUUGGUUCACAGUUUCGGAGUUAAGUCCAUGGCCACGUGUCUCUGUGUUUCUGGCCCUGUCAUGAGGCAGAACAUCAUGAUGGUCUGAGGAAGAGGCUGGCACUUCAUCAUGGCAGACAGGAAGCAGAGAGGGGAAUAUGCAGGAAGAGAUCAGGGUGAGACCUAGCCUGAUGGACACACCCCUGUGGCCUACUUCCACCAGCUAGACCCUACCUCCUGCAUUUUACCACCUCCCAGUUAACCUUUUCAGGAGUCCAUCAAGUGAUUCACCAUGCAUGAGCUCAGAGGCCUGAAUCUAACUGACAGUUUUACAGACACACCCAGAGGUGUGCCUCCAACUCCUCUAGGCAGGAUUUCUUCAUCCCAUCAAGUUGACAGUCAGCAUUGACCAUCACACCAGCCUUACUCAGGUGUGACCUAAUCUGAACUAGUUCCAUCAGUGACAACCCAGUUUCCAAAUCAGGGCUCAUUCUGAGGUCUUUGGGUCAGGGACUCAGACUAGCCUUUCUUUGGCAGUGGGCAUUCCUCAACCUAUAGCACUCUUAGGGACUCUGUCCCAUGCUUGAGAUGUCAUCUUGGCCCCUUGUGGCAAACCUGGGGUUCCCAGAAGAUGGAUUCUCAGAGCCCUUGGGGACCAUUCUACAAUCCUGUCUGUGAUAGAUGAGCCCCAUCCUUGACUCCCAGACUUAGGUGCAUGGGUGGGAAUAGACAGGAUUGUCUACAGUGUGAUGGUCAAUGGCCUGCACCAACAAUGUGGAAACAUCAAUCAGGCCAUGGGGAUGAAGAUCUAGAAAGAUCUGUAUGUCGAAUAUCUAGGAGGAUGAUGGUCUAGACCAAGGGGAACAAAGAGGUAGAGUUCUUCCCACUGCUGCUCCUUCCUGUGCCCUCAGCAGACAUAGCUCAUCACAGCAAACCUUCCAACUGUAGCCCUUGAGAUGGGCACAUGGCUACCCUUGAUCUCAUGCCGAGGCCCAGAAAGGGAAGGUAGGCUGCCCCAGGAAGCCUCUUCUAAGAGAAGUAGCUUCAUAAUUCACACCUCAGAAUCAUCGAGAAAUACAGUCACUAGGGCUGGAUUUGGACAGCCUGUCGGGGCUUUCCAGUCAGGGAAUUUGGCAAGCUAGAAGAUUCCUUCCUCAUCACCCUGUGACCAGUCCUACUUAGUCACCUGCUGCUGCUUGGGAGGAUCAUUUAUUCUCCAGGACAGCUUCCCUGGAAGGCUGGAAGGUUCUCCCCCGAAACUCCCCACAUAACAGCUGGUCCGGGAGAGACCAACAUGCAGAGACCUGGAGGGAAGACGGCACUGUGGUGUGGUGACAGUGGCGGUGGUGGUGGCAGGCGGGGAAGCCAGAAGGACUGUUGCAGGUUUGUAGAGAUUGGGGAAGUCAGAUGUGACACAGCAUUAAGAAAAAGGAACCUGACUCGAGCUGAUCUUUGGGUUCUCCUGUGUGGGAGGCUCAAAGUCAAGUUUUUGCCUAGAUGGCCUCCGGUGGACCACUGGCUUCACCCCUGAGCUCUUGAAAUGGCCUUGAUAACUGGCUUGGUGGCCAAAAGGACCUUCGGUGGGCUGCAGCUUCACUUCCUUCCCCUCCCAUGUCCUGCUCAGGGUCUCCAAGACCAUGUGCCAAGGACAUAGUCACACAAUAGUAGGAAUGAAAAAUAGGCACCAUAGAUUUAGCCUAAAUUAACCUAACAGAGCGGCUCAGCUCUCCGUGGAGCUGGCAGCAUUGUUUAUGGCAGUGUGAUAUUUACACUGUGGCUCCUGAGAUUUGAAAGUUUAAUGAUGCAGAUCAAAUCUUAGUUUUACUUUUUUACCACUUAAAAAAAAUCCCACCUUAGCUAGUUCCUGUUUAAAAACACUUUGACCUCUCUCACUAACCAUGGGUGCCAAGAUAUCAGAAAUUCUGGGCUGGGCCUGGCAGUGGUGACUGCUCACAGUGGCUGAUAUGGAGAUCUUGGUGACAGAGCUACAUUCACUUGGUCACCACAUUCCAAGUUGGUCCAGAACUCUCUUGGAUGUGUUUCUUCCACAGACAUUCAACCCUCCCUCUCAAAUAGCAGUGCCUCCCCGCCCCAAACACACACUCAAAUCCUAAGCAUCUCAGAGGGAUGAGAGACAAGAAACAACCAACCGUAAACAUAGAUAUUUGCCACUUACAGAAGGCUAUAGGGAAAAUUCAGAGGGGCCAGAAACAUAGGCGACUGUGGAGAGGGCAUAGAGAUUAGGUUGGGGUCUGAAGGAAUCAGAGGCAGAAGGAUGGAGGCUAGGUUAGAGGUCUCUCAGCCUCAGCACUGUUGACUUUGGAUGUUGAUUCUUGGGUGUCUGUUCUAGUCCAGGCUAGCUUUGAGCUCAUGAUCCUCCUGUUCCUGGUGGAGCUAAAGUCACUGAGCAAUAUGCCCUGGACAUGACUGUUCUACCUCUGAUCUAGGGAUGUGCCCAAGGGGAGUUCUCUGUAUUACCCCUAGAAUGAGAUCUGGGGGUCCUGGAGGCCUAGCAGGCCCAGCAUGGGGGGAGGGCAUUGAAAGGGACUGAAGUUUGCAAAGCUCUUUGGGAAUUUGAGACGACCUCCCAAGCAGAAGCUGGGUAAACUGAGACUCUGUCCCCUGAGGGGUUCCUCUCCUCCCUCCUGACCCUGGGCAGAGUGAGACAUUGAAGGUCCACACGUGUCUCUGCCGACCGUGGGCCAGUCAGUCCUUUCCUUUAAAGUAUGCUCCUGCCUGCUUCUGUUUUUCCCUCACACUCCCUCUGCCACCUCUCAGGACAGUGUCUCUGAUGUGUCAGAGAGACACAGACUCAUCUCACAGAAAACCCUACCCCUGGCAGUCUUGCUAUGGUCUCUUCCUGGACAGUCACUCUAUUGAAUGUGGCCAUCAAGGACAUAAGAGACAUGGAAACAUGUUCAUGGAAAGACACCCCCCCCACACCUUACGUGUUUCUCCACAGAAAUGUGACAAGUGUGAUGCCAAAAUGCUCAUUUGGUGACUGAAGAAGACCCAGGGGUCAUAGUGGGUCCUGGGCUGAAUCUGCAACAGGGUCUGAAGUGUAAAAGAGAAUGCAUGGGUCUUGGCAGUGGGAUGGGGAAUCUUCUGUUCCUAUAAAUAUCUGGGCUUGGGGAAUAGAAAGCAGCACCUUGGCCAACAUAGAACUCCCUGUGGUGGGGCUGUAAAUAAGUGGGGCUUGUCAGCCUGCUUCAACUUGAUUCAACUCCCAUCUUUCCAACUGCUUCCCUGGUGGACCACGAUCUCACCUACAACUUCUCAGUAUCCGCAGCUCCUAUGGGAGUGCUCCUUGGACUUUCUUAGCUGUGUGCAGUUCAUAGCACCUAGUUUGUCACUAGCCCCCAUGUGGAUGGCAGCAGUUAACGAAAUAGUGUUCAACAGUGUCCCAGUCCAUGGCAUCUCAGCAUCUGACUGAACGUCCCCCAUGAAAGCCACCCCUCGGGAUGUCCCUGGACAAACGGGGCUGGAAUAGAGAGGCAGGGGCUUUUCCCACCCGCGUAGAUGCUGAUGGCCCAGCAUCUGUAAACAAGGACUGUAAACAAGGACAGCCAGGUCUUCUAGGGACUGACCCCCAGCUGCAGGGGGAUUGGCAUAUGAGAGGGAGCUGAGAAGUCUCCAGAAAGAUUAGCCCCUGGCCACCAAGGUCCUCACAGAAGCAAGAUGCUCCUCUUCCUGCCCCACAACCCCAAGGUCAAAGCCAGGGGCAUCAUCUGAGGCACACAAGACUGGCCACACCAGGAGAACACCCUUGCCCAUGGCAGCCAGGCUCAGGAGGCCCCUGCUCCCACCCCUGGCCUCUUGUUCCUUCUACCCCAACCUUUGAUCUUUCUCAGGGGUCCGCCCCUAGACCUGUCACACACCCCAUCUAGUGACAGUUCUCCAAGUCACCAACAGGGGAAAGAUCCCUCAUUGUAAAAAGGCUUCCCUUGUAAAUUAUGCUGUGGCCUUUUGUAUACACAGAGUAUAUAUAGCUAUAAAUACUAUAUAUUAUAUAUAUAUGUAAAGACUAAUUCUUGUACAGAGCCCCCAAAGACCUCAGGCCCACACUGUUUACUCUGUCUGUCUGUGCUGACCGUCACAGGAUGAGCUGACCUCUGACCUUGGGUUCCCAUUUUUCUUCAGGACCACUACAUCUCUUUUUUGCCCUUUCUAGAUCUGUCUUGGCCUCUCUCUCUCUCUCUCUCUCUCUCUCUCUCUCUCUCUCUCUCUCUCUCUUUCUCUCUCAUUGCCAACAUGUUGUUGCUGGGAAAGAAUAUUUGAUUAUCAUCCAGGAAAUCAUGAGGGAUGAAUGGAUGGAUGGAAGGAUAGGUGAAUAGAUGAAUGGGUGGGUGGAUGGAUGGAUGGAUGGGUGAAUAGAUAGGUGGAUGGAUGAUCACUAUGUAUAUUUGUACAGAAUCAUUUAUAAAGUUUUCUACACUUCUCAAAAAGUAUUUCUAACCUGGGCUGUUGGACAGUUUGUGAGCCUCUGAGCCGGCAAGCCUGUUGUUUCUUGUGUUUAGUGCAAUGUUUAGUGAGAAUCCAAUGUCUGAAUUAUUUAUGCCAAUAAAGAAUUUGAGAAUU